AUGUUCCACCUUGCUUCCGAAUUAAAGCCAUUAAAUCCUAAUCAAAUAAUGGCAUUAUUUAGGGUAUAUAUUGCGAAAGAAUGCCAACCUAAAUACAUUAAGAAAGCUGAAAUGCAAGUACUUGGUACCUUAAAAAUCGAUUUAUCCAAGGCAUUGGAUCAUCCUGUGAAAUUUUGGUUAACUUUUGGCACGAUGGAAAUAAAAGCCACGGAUAAAAAUAAGCCGAUAAACGAAACAUAUCAUACUACUUCGAUCAUUAACAGUUAG